AUGCUCGGGCAAUGGGGCGUCAUCGUGGUCGUGCUCGACGGUGCGGUCCGCCUCUGCGAGGAGGGCCUCGCACGCCGUGAAGAAGGCGUGGGUACGUGGAUCGUUGCGGCGCGGUUGAUAACGGCCUUGGGGGCGCGCGAACGCGGCCGCCACAGCCGCGACCAUGGCGUCCGCACUGCGCGGGACAGCGGCGCGUACACGCGCACCUGGCCAGCGUACGAUAACGCGCGGCCAGAGGUCGGCGAGGCGGCGCGCUCUGGUGUGCGAGGCCGCGCGUCGCAGUCGUCCAUCAGCUCCAGGAAGACCGGAAGCGAGGCCGGCGGCGCAGCGUCAGCGCGUUUGUCAGCGCUCGUGGAAGGGGGGAGACGCCGGGCCGACUGGGACAGCGUGCAGGUGACACGAGGGAGUUGA